CCAGGCGCCGCGCGGCAGGCCGCCGCGCAGAUAUCCCCGUCGCGUCCGCCGAUGGCGAUGCUGGGGGGCGAAGACGCGUAUGCGGGUGCGGGUGCAAGGUAUGAUGGCUCACAAAUACGCUGAUGUCGCGCUACAUGGCGAGCGGCGCGGGUAAUCAGGCUGAUUGUCCGUCUGCCCAUCCCGGGCAUGCCGUCCAGGAGUCGCUGAUUGAAUCGUACGCCCCUGCGCCGUCGGGCGCGGUGGUCGAGCCACGUGCUAUCUAUGCGGGCUACGGUAAUGCGCAGAGGUACGCAGAGCACGACGGUGCCGCUGCGUAUUACGCCGCUGGGUACGGCACCAGUGCGGGAACGGGGCGGUCGCCACCGCCGACACUGCCGCCCAUCCAGACCGCGCGAAUCGUCCGGGACGAUCUCGCCGUCGAUACGCGGCACCCGCAGCUACAGCAACAACAUCACGCACAGCCCCACUCUGCGGUCGACGCGACGCAGGCGCAGGCGUCGUUCUCGUACUCGUAUCAGCAGGCGCAUCAUCAGUCGGCACACCAGCAACAGCAACAGAUGUCCGGAGCAUCCCCACCAGCAACAGCACUCACAACAUCCACAUCCACAGGCACACCACCAGGCACAGGCACACGCGCAGGUGCACGACCGGCCGCCGAACGGCCAGCAUGCACUGGACGUCCCGCUGCACCAGCCGCGCCCGCACUACGGGCCCCAGCAGUACGUCGCGCUCUAUGCGCCGACGGCGGGCGCGGGCGGCGGUGUGCCGUCGCAGGCGUACUAUCGCCGAGACAGUCAUGGCCAUGCCAACGCGCGAUGAGUGCCAUCUGCAGGCCAGAGACAGCGGGUGUGAUGCUGUACGUCCCUCGUCCUUUGCCAAAUGUUUCUGCGACGAUGCCAACCGCAAGUCAAAACCUUGCCGGCGCUCCGACCAUGCUUGUCACUCUGCCAGAGACCGGCUUGGCUUGGCCUGCGACUCUACACCAUUUCAUUUCAUCUCACCCUAUCUGAGUCACGACAUCUUGGUUUUGGCAUCGCCGCACUGCAUCUGUCUGCUUGGAUAUCUGAAUCUAACCACUACUCCGCUGCCUGGCACGCUCGCGCAGCGGUACAGACCUGAUCCACACGGAUGAUCCUACCUCCGAUGUUCUACUUUGUGUCUCUGUCGGCCGCUGUUCCGCCCGGACCGUCGCUUCUUUUCUAUUCAUCACGCAUGUCAUAUUUUCAUAUCCGUCGCUGCUCUCCCUCUCACGCUU